GUAUUGAUUUUAAAAUAAGGACGAUAGAGCUCGAUGGGAAGAGGAUCAAGCUGCAGAUCUGGGACACGGCUGGGCAGGAGCGAUUCAGGACCAUCACCACUGCCUACUACAGGGGAGCCAUGGGCAUCAUGUUGGUGUAUGACAUCACCAACGAAAAGUCUUUUGAAAACAUUCGGAACUGGGUCAGGAAUAUUGAAGAGCACGCCUCUCCAGACGUGGAAAAAAUGAUCCUGGGGAACAAAUGCGAUGCAAACGACAAAAGACAAGUUUCUAGAGAGCAGGGGGAGAAGCUUGCUGCAAGUUUUGGGAUUAAAUUUAUGGAGACCAGUGCAAAAGCAAAUAUAAACAUAGAGAAUGCAUUUUUCACUCUUGCAAGAGAUAUCAAAGCAAAAAUGGACAAGAAGUUGGAAGGCAAUAGCCCACAAGGCAGCAACCAGGGAGUCAAAAUCACACCAGACCAGCAAAAGAAAAGCAGCUUUUUCCGAUGUGUUCUUCUGUGA